AUGGAGAGAGACCGUGGGUUCAGCUUCAAACUGUUAGUGCCUCCCAGGGUCAAUACUGGACAAGUGUCUGCUGUUAGACCUCAGACAUACAGUAAAUAUUUUGACCAAGAGAAAACUAUGCCUCUGUCCACCAAGAGCAUUGUUACACCAGCCACCAAACCAAACAGACAAGAUUGUCCUAAGAUGAAAGUCGUGCCGCCAAUGGAAAAAGAUGAGGAAAAAUGCAAGCCCGGGCAGCUUUAUUCCAAGCUGUUUGAUGAAGUUGAGAAAAUAAAGUGUUGGAAAGUCAAAGUGGACUCUGACACUGUGCAGAAGGAAAGGAAACUUCAAGAAAACAAAAGAACAAUUGAAACUCAACGCAAAGCCAUUCAAGAAUUGCAGUUUGGGAAUGAAAGCCUAAGCAUAAAACUGGAAGAACAGAUCAGUGAAAACGAAGAUCUGAUAAACAAAAACAAUGCAAUACAGAAUUUGUGCAAUAUUCUUAAAGACACCUUUGAGCGGUCAGCUGAGAAGAUGCAUUUAUUUGAAUGUGAAAGAGAGGAAACUCAUCAUCUCUUUAUGGAAAAUAACGAGAGUAUCCAGAAACUCAUUGAAGCAUUUGAAAGCCUACGUAUUAAAGCAGAAAGUGACCAACAUGAAGUGCAUAAAGUCAAAGAAGGAUUACAGUUGCAAUUUGAAGAUCUAAAAGAGAAAUAUCACCAAGAAUACACCAUGAAAGAGGAAGAGGUUGAAGUACUUCAAACAACACUGAGAGCUAAGGAAAAUGAAAUACAGAAGAUGUUAUCUGACCUCCAUCAAACCAAAGAGCACUUCAAAACACUUGAAGAUGGCAUGAAACAACAAUAUGAACAUCUUCAGAGGUCAAAUGCUGAAAAUGAAUCUCUUAUUCAAAAACUGCAAAAUGCAGAACAGCAAUGUAAAGAGAGUGAGAGAAAUCAGGAAGCUGUUGCUGCACUUCUGGCACAAAAUAAAGAAGAAUAUGUACAAAUUAUCCAAAGCAAAGACUUAAGCUUACAAGAAUUUAAGAGAAUAAAAAAUCAACAAGCAGUGGAGUUGGAGCAGAUGCAGAGAACCACCAAGGAGCUACAGAAAUCAUUAGCUGCAGAGAUUCAGAGGGCCAAAGAAUUUGAGGACGAACUUGUCAAAAAUAAUAUAGAACUUGAAAGGAGAAACAAACUUUUCGGAGAAACUAUAGAGCAGAGUGCAAGAAAAGAAGAGCAGAUCAAAACUCUAGAAGAACAAUUGGACAUAAAAUCCAAGUCUGUUCAGUCCAUGAAUGGCAGAGUAGAGGAACUAAGAGCAGGGCUUUCAAAGAAAACUGAGGAAACCCAGGAACUUCAGGUCAAAAUGCAAGAGCUCAAUGAACAAUUCUUUAAUGAAAAAAAGCAAAAUGAGGAAAAGACUUUUGAGACAGAACAACUGAGGAAAGACAUCAAACACCAUAAAUCAAAAUAUGAAGAGCUUUUGUCCAGCUUUAAUGAACUCCACUCUGUAAAGAAUGCUAUUCAACAGCAGUUUGACAGUGGAUCCUUCAAUGCAAAGGCUCUUGAGGCAAACAUGAAGGUGAGUGAAGAAAAAGCAGCGAAGCUCACAAAAGAAAUUGAAAGACUAGGAGAAGAAAACCAACAAUUACGAGAGGAAGCUAACACUUUUAAAGCAAUAAUCCAUGGGAAAUACCAAGAAAUAGAGACCUUGCAGAUGAAAAUGGAAGAUAAUUGGGAGCAUUUGCAGAACGAAAUGACAAAAAAAGAAAAGCGGAUCAAAGCUGUGGAGACAAAGUUGUGUAAUCUCAAGAAAAAGCUUGAAACGAAACUUAAAAGUAAAGAGGAAUAUCAGAAAGAGAAUAAAAUACUCAAAAAACAAAUUGCAAAGGAGAUCGCAAAUUCCCAUCAACAGCAAAAUGAGAUCAACAGUCUCCAUGAGCAAACCCAGAAUCUUAAAAGACUAAAUGAGGAAGAUCAUCAGAAACUAUGGAAGGAACUUGAGUCCAAAUCAGCUUUUGCAGCAGAGCUUGAGAAUGAGGUGCAAAAGCUCAGACUGACAGCAACAGAGGCCAUCAAGAACAAGGAAGACUCAGAAAUCAAGUGCCAGUAUAAAAUAACAGACAUGGUCACUCUGAUGGAAAAAAAUAAGAGCCAAUAUGACAGGAUGGUCGAAGAAAAGGAUGCACAGCUUGAUGAGUACAAGAGAAAAGAGAUGGAGGCUGUUGCCCAUGGGAAGUCAUUGGAGUUGGAGCUCUUGAAGCAUGAGACAGAAAAUGAUUGUCUGAAGAAACAGCUGAGCGCAGAAAUAACAGAAAAGGAAAAGCUACAGAAGGAGCUCACUCAUUUAAAGGAAAAAGAGUCAUACAUGAAAAUUGGUCAGCUGUCAGCAGCAAAGAACAAGUCACCACUGACUCAAAACCAAACCUCUUCAAAGAGCUAUAAGUCUGACAUCUCCAAGACUAGGAAGACUCCCCCUUACACUGACGAUGAUUGGAGUGCUGCAAUUAUGAACAAGACUGUGUACAGAAUUCGGACGCCUCCAUCUGGUGACAAAAGUGCAAGCUUGGGGAAAAGCACCGCUGUGUUUGACCCCAGUUCUGACAGUUCUGAUCAAAGUGAUAUAUUGAUCCAGAGUCCUAUCACUCAUAGAUCACCAGGAAAAUCCUUGAAGCAAGCUGCAAUGAAAAGGAUGAGAGAUGCUGGUUGGACUGCUGUGACCGGCUGUGACAAAAAAAAGAAGACUCGGGAAAAAAUCUUUGCCUAAUC